AUGCUGCUUAUCCUAUCACUAAUAGCUUUACUUCUAUUUUACAUAAAUUUCCGAUGGAAUCGAAGAAGGAUGUACGAAUUGGCUGAGAAGAUUCCAGGAACAAAUGGAUUGCCAAUCGUUGGACACAUGUUCAGCUUUAUUGGACUUGAUUUAGAGAAUAAUUUGAAUGAUGGAAUGAAACUAAUCAAGAAGAAUUUGCCAAUAUCAAAAAUUUGGGCUGGAUCUUCAUUAUUUGUCAUUGUCAAUUCAGCCGAACAUUCACAAACACUCCUCAAUUCAUCUGACUGCUUAAAAAUUCCAUUCAUGUUCUCUCGACCGUUUCUCGCUCGUUACGGUCUCGUCAUUGCUAAUGGAGAUAUUUGGCAGAAGCAUCGGAAAAUUUUAAGCUAUUCAUUUAAAUUAAAUGUGUUAAAUUCAUUGCAGCCACUUUUUAAUGAGAAAUCGAAAAAGUGCAUUGAUAAAUUGCAAUCAAAAGUCGAUUGUGGCUAUUUUAAUAUAUCUAAAUUUAUUGCCGCACUCACAAUUGAAACAACGAUGAAGGGGAACUUUAACUAUGAUCAGGACUUUUAUGGAAGCAAAAUUAUUGACGAUAUUGACAGUGCCAAACCAUUAAUGAUGAAGCGAUUAACUCAGCCAUGGAUGAAUUGGGAGUUUAUAUUCCAAAGAUCACAACUGUAUAAAGACAUGUGGGGAAAAAUUACAGAAUUACAUGAGAAAAUUGAUGAAAUUAUUGAAGCUAAUGAGAUGAGGAACAAUAAUAAUGAGGGAGAGCCUGAAACAACUUAUGUCAUUGACCAGCUUCUGAACAAGAAAUAUAACUUAAGUCAUGAGGAAAUCAGAGAUGAAAUUUACAUUUUUAUCUUGGCUGGCUAUGAAACAUCAUCAGUCAGUCUAUCAGCUAUCUUACUCCUUCUUGCCAUCCACACAGACGUACAACAAAAGUUAAUCAAUGAAGUUGAUGAAUUCUUUGAUGGAAAUGACGUCAGUGUUGAAGAUCUUCAUAAAUAUAAAUACACCGAGAUGGUCAUUAAAGAAGCUUUAAGAAUUUUCCCAACAAUUCCAAUUGUUCCAAGAAAAGUCACAAAGGAAUUCCAGCUGAAUGAGCACAGAAUACCAAAAGAUGCAAUUUUGAUAGAAUUCAUUUACGCACUUCACAGAAAUAAAGAUUAUUGGGGUGAGGAUGCUCUUAAAUUCAUACCGGAAAGAUUUGAGCCAGAAAAUAUGAAAGAUAUUCAUACACACGCCUACCUUCCUUUUGCUGCUGGUAAACGAAUGUGCAUUGGUCACAAAUAUGCAAUGAGCUUUGCAAAAACAUUUUUGGUCCAUUUCUUCAAAACUUAUGAAAUCAAAUCGACACACAAAUUUGAGGAAUUGACUCCAAAGAUGACACCGACCCUUGAAAUCGCUCAAAAGUAUAUUGUGAGCUUAACCAGGAGAAAAAAUAAAAGUGAAUAAUUUUUUUUUGGAAAGAAUCAGUUUAAGGGGAAAUCAAUUGGAUUUUCCAGAGCUCGAAGUCGACUCGUUUUGACUCGAAAAAAAAAUGAAGUCGGCUCGAAAAAAGUUGAGGCGACUCGGUUUUGAGUCUUGUCGAGUCGACUCGAGCCCUAUCGACUUCGAGCUCUGGGCCCCAUCAUGUUGAUUUCCCCAUUUA